AUGGUGAGAAAACUAAGCGAAGAUGAAGUUACGCAGGAGCUGUCCACAAAGGAGACGAAGUUGAAGAACAAAAAGAAGAUACUAGAGGAAGAGGAACCUAGAAGACUAAGCGAGGAAGAAACACAGGAGUUUGUCGCAAAAGAGCGAAAGGUGAAGGGCCAAAAGAAGACAGAGGGGAGAAAGGAAAGUAGAAGACUAAGCGAAGAAACAGCAGAUGAGGCAGUCGAAAAGGAGCUGAAAACGAAGACCAAAAGGAAGAAAGAAAAGAGAAAGGAUAGAAAAUCCGUAGAUACAUUACGUGAUAUGACUUCGGUGGAGCAGGAAACCCAAGAGAAGGCAGAUGAAAAAAAGAGAGAAAAUACAAAAGAGCAGCUUUCAAAAGAGAGGAUUCAAGAUAAGAAUAAAGAACUAUAUGAAGCAAAUGAAGCACCCGGGACGACCAGAGAUGAUGAGACGGAAGCGGGAACAUGCGUCGCGGAUCAAAACAUAGUUCAUGAUUACCUAUCAAAUGCACCUGAACAUAUGUAUAAGGAAAGCAAUGCGGAAUGGUUGGGAAAAGAUAUAAAAAGCCGCGAAUCUGGAAUUCAAAUCAAACGGAGCAGUAGCAAACGCAGCCAUUUGCUAAAAUUUAAGCAAAAAUUGAAAAGUAUUGUAUCUCUUCGAAAGCAAAAUCGAUCAGAUUCAAUUAGAGGAAUAUGCAGAAAACGAGUUCAAUCAGAAAACAAUAUCCUACCUCCAAGUGCAACCAAAGAAUUGGAAGAUCAAGUAUGUUAUCACGGCUUCCGUCCACGAAAAGAUGUCGCUAAUCUACUUAACGAGCCAGGAGAUUUCGUAGUUCGUGCCACAGAUUCACGACGUGAACCGGAAAUUGUAGUAUCUGUUCUUAACGAAAAUAGAAAGAUGAUCAACUUAACUCUUAGAAACGAAUCCAACAUGUGGGAACUUGGGAAGUUUGAAAAUUCUAGUAGGAGCACCCUACAAUUCAAGAGGAUACAAGAUCUUCUAAAUUACUACAAAAAGCAUUCUCUGCCUGGAAAUGCAAAAUUGCGGCAUGCGAAAGCGAGACCGUCAUGGAUAAUAAAACAUGAAAGUGUGGUGUUCGAUCGCACGAAGGACCUUAUCGGCACUGGCAAUUUUUCCUAUGUCUUCAAAGGAAUUUAUUUUAGAACUCAUGAAGAAAAAAUAACUGUUGCCAUCAAGGUGAGUCAUGGAGGACUUGGAUCAACUAGGGAUUCCACGGAAGAAAAGGAAGCAAGAGGUUCGAUGCUUGCCGAGGCAGAAAUGAUGAGCUAUUAUGCGCACCGCCACAUCGUUGAGCUAUAUGGAGUAGCAUGCGCCCACCCCCCAGUACUAGUUGUCAUGGAAUAUUGUCCAGGUGGUAAUUUGCAAACGCAUCUUAUAACACAGAAAGACGAGAUAGAAGUCGGUGAACGUAUUGUUUAUGCCCUAGAGGCUGCUCGAGGGAUGAGAUUUUUGCACCGGAAGAACUGCAUUCAUCGGGAUUUGGCAGCGCGAAAUUGUCUGAUUUCAUCGAAAGGUAGGAUCAAAAUCUCCGACUUCGGUUUGUCAAAAACGGCUGAUCAGCUAGAAAAGAUGGAUGGUAUUGUUCUUGAUGAGCCUGCUCCACAAAUACCUCUCCGGUGGAUGGCCCCGGAGUCGUUGCGUCGGCCAAUGAAAUUUAGCAAAAAGUCAGACGUUUGGUCAUUUGGCAUGUUGUUGUACGAGAUCUUUAAUCAAGGUGAAAAACCAUGGAAGGACGAACCAGCAAAAAAGAUUGCAACAAUGAUUCGACGUUGUAAAAUGCCUGUUUUUCCUCAACAUGUGCCGCGAGAAAUCCCAUGUAUUGCAGCCGAAAUAUGGGUGCAAAAUCCAGAUUAUCGGCCAACAAUGAAGGAUAUCAACCAUUCACUUGAUGCUCUUUCUAAGAAAUACGCACCACCUGAGGCAAAAAAUUUCUCUCUUAAUAAACUUCCUGGGGUAUUUCGUGCGGAUUACGCAGGGUUGGAAGAGAAGAUAGCCAAUUUACUUCCGUCUUCUCCAGUUACUGCACUCAUUACAGAAAGCAUUGGUUCAGUACGCCAACGACAUAGAAGAACUGCUAAAAUUGCAUGA